UCGAUCCAUCCGUCCAUGUGUGCGCGAAAGUGCAGGAGGGUCCAUUGAAGAAUAGGCAGGAAAUUUCCUAAUCUUAACAUCUUGUAGAAUUCGUCUUCUUAAGUAUAGACUAAGUCAUCUAUCCUAUAAUUCAUCUUGAUCGUCUGUUCUGUGCUUCUGAGUUUCAGGAUGCAGACAAUCAACGAGAGCGAUCGACAGGCCGAUGAUCGGAAGAUCGACGACUUCGUCAAAAUCGAUCGACUGGCCAAUGAUUGGAAGAUCAACGACUACAUCAAAAUCGAAGAUAGCGAUCGACUGGAUGAUGAUCGGAACAUCGAAGACUAUGUCAAAAUCGAAGAUAGCGAUCCACUGGAUGAUGAUCGGAAGAUCGACGACUACGUCAAAAUCGAAGAGAGCGAUCAACUGGAGGAUGAUGACCAGAAGAUCGACGACUACGUCAAAAUCGAAGAGAGCAAUGUCGAUGAUCGGAAGGUCGACGACUACAUCCCGUUUCCUCCCUGCUCGAAAAAGAAAGAAGACAUGGAGAUCAAAGACGUCAUCAAGGACCACGUCCUCUGUUUUCUUCCCGCGAAGAGCCUCGUCAGAUUCCGGUCAGUGUCGAAGGACUGGGAUCACCGCAUCCGGAGCCCGUUCCUAGCUCACCAGCAGAGCUACUUAUUCGACGAUCUAUCCGGCUACUUUUAUCAGGACGGCUUCGGUAGUCCUUCAUUCGUGCCUGGUAGUCCUUCAUUCUUGCCUCUCGACAGCGCGUACGGAGUCCCGGCGCCGUCCCUCGAGUUCUUGCCCGAACCCGUCUAUGUACAGAGCGCGAGCCACGGAUUACUCCUCUGCCGAGGCUACAGCGAUAACAACGCGUACUACGUCUGCAAUCCGGCGAACAUGGAAUGGACGGAGCUUCCCGAAUCGUUGUACUAUCACGGCAUGUGUGCGGAUUCGGGGCAAGUUCUUGCCUUCGAGCCUUCGGAGCUCAAUAUGGGACCGAAUUAUUGGGUGAUUUCCGCCGUGCCGUUGCUCGAUCAGCCCAUCGUCUGCUUCGAGCUCUACUCGUCUCAGACGAUGUCGUGGAGGCGCUCGAAAGCGAUCUGCUACGACUUGGGGGGUUCUCCGAAGUUUGUCGGCGGAUUGUAUAUCGACGGGAUGGCGUAUUGGCAGACUUUAGCGGGCGAAGUAUUGGUUUUCGAUCUGGGCCACGAGGUUUGCGGCGUUGUUCCGUUACCGGACGGCGGGCCAUCGGAGGGUGUGCUGGCGAAUGUCGACGGCGAAUUAGGAUACAUCGGUGUGUCGUCUUACACCCGCAAUGUAUGCCAUGUUAACGUUUACGGCGGCCCGGAAUUGAGCUUGAGACGGAGGAUCAAUGUGCAGCUCCAACCGGUGACGUGCAGGAUUGUGUACAGCUACCGGAUUCUGCCCUCCGGCGAGCGGCGGAGCAGCGUCGUGAGGAUUCUCGGCGGCGGGUAUUUGUAUUGUUACAACUUGAAAGCUCGAGCAUUGGAAAUGGUGGUUCGAGUUGAGGAGAUUGCUGAUUCAGAAACGUCGAGAUUCCUGCCUUAUGUUAACAGUCUUGUCCGUUUGGCCUGAAAUCGAGAUUUCGUCUAUAUAUAUAUAUGCAUUUUAUUCAUUAUGAAUCUCUGAGGAACAUGAAAAUAUCAUUACUGAUUUAUGAUCAUCAACAAUGGCGGAACAAUCACAAUCGACGAACAUAACCAUCAGGCAAUAGAGAAGAAUUAUAAAUCGAAAGGAUUGAAAAAUUCUUAUCAAUUUAGGGUUGUUUGUAGAGCUUGUUGUAUUCGUCGAGCUCCUCAUAGUAAAUAUCCCAAACGCACCUGACGCAGCCGCUGCCGCAGCAGUCGCCGGGAAAGGGCUUCUCCGGCGGCGGAGGAAUGGGCGGCGACUUAUUCUCCUUGGAGACGUCAUCUUCUGCUUGGGGCUUUUGAUCGUUGUUCUUGGGUUUAUCUUCGGUGCUCAUUUUAUGGAGGUGAACGGAAACCACCGGUUUGGGGCGGCGAUUGAAUC